AUGGAUCAAUCACAAUUAUUGAAAAUGUAUGUGGAGAAACCCAAGAAAUUCAAGGGUUCGGACUUUCGCCGUUGGCAACAGGAGAUGUUGUUCUAUUUAACAACACUUCGUGCUGCCAACAUUCUCAUUAAGAAAGAGCCACCGACAAAUCCUCCGGUUGGGCCAGAUGGGGAUGCUCCCAUGCAGAUCCAAGUGGUUGCACAUCAAAAUGUUUUCGAGAUUUGUAGAUCAAAUAAGUAUAGUUGCAAAAACUAUAUUCUAAAUGCACUUAAUGAUUCUCAAUACAAUAUCCAUUUUGCAUUCCGAACGGCAAGAGAAAUAUGGGAAUCCUUGGACGCGAUAUACAAAACUAAAGUGGUGUUCUCCAAGAGGUUCACAGUGGAUAAAUUCUUACAUUACCAUAUGAUUGACACCAAACCGAUGGUGAAGGAAGUGGAAGAAUUGCAAGUGCUAGUCCACGAGCUCGAGUUUAAAGGUAUGGGCUUGAAUACCAUCUUUGUGGUUAGUUCAAUAACCAAGAAGCUACCUUCAUUUUGGAAGAACUUCAAGUUAUAUUUGAAGCCUCUUAUGGAAAUAAUCGUAUUUGAACAAUUGCUCCUCAAAAUACUAGUGGAGGAGGACAACCGACUCAAUGAGAAAGUCGGUGCUAAUGUUAUUGAACCACAUGCCAUAAUGAUUGAAGGCAGUUCAUCUAAAACUAAGUUCCUAAAAUUCAAAGGAAAAAAGCAAUGCACCUAA